CCUUUCCCCUGUCUGUAAUGAAACAAGACUUUUAAACAGCUAAAAUACCCUUAUCCUCUUGUCUCCCCACAAGAAAGUAAAUAUAGAAGAAAUGCAUUAUUUUGGGGUAUUAGCUGCACUGUCUGUUUUCAACAUCAUUGCCUGUUUGACAAGAGGCAAGCCUUUGGAAGAUUGGAACAAGUUACCAGUUAUGGGAAAGUCUGAUGCACACUUUCAUGAUUCUGAGGAAGUGGAAAGUGAGACUCAUUUCGACUUUAAAUCUGUCCUGGAGAAUAUGAAGAUGGAUUUACUAAGGAGUUUGAAUUUGUCAAGAGUCCCCUCGCAAGUGAAGACCAAAGAAGAACCACCACAGUUCAUGAUUGAUUUAUACAACAGAUAUACUGCAGACAAGUCCUCCAUCCCUGCAUCCAAUAUUGUGAGGAGCUUCAGUACUGAAGAUGUUAUUUCUUUAGCUUCACCAGAAGAAAAUCCAUUUCAGAAGCACAUCUUGCUCUUCAACAUCACUAUUCCACGAUAUGAGGAAAUCACCAGAGCUGAACUGAGAAUAUAUAUCUCUUGUCACAGGGAAGUUGCAUCUCUCUCUAAGCUGGAAGGCAACAUGGUCAUUUAUGAUGUUCUAGGUGGUGACCAUUGGGAUAACCCAGAAAAUACCAAAUCUUUCCUUGUCUCCCACAAUAUCCAGGAAUGCGGUUGGAAGAUAUUGGAAGUGUCCAGCGCUGUGAAAAGAUGGGUCAGGGCAGACAAACUGAAGACUAAAAACAAGCUAGAGGUUGUCAUAGAGAGUAAGGCUCUGGGUGGUUUCACUUGUGGGAAGCUGGCUAUCAGUGUUAACCCUGAUACUAAAAAUCUGCCUCUGUUAAUAGUGUUCUCCAAUGACCGCAACAAUGGGACAAAAGAGACCAAAGGGGAGCUCCGGGAAAUGAUUGUUCAUGAACAAGAAAGUGUGCUGAAGAAACUAGGGAAGAACAACACUUCAUCUGAAGAGCUAGAACAGGGAGAGGAAAAGGCCAUCACUGGGCACCAUCAGCAUUCCUCCAGAACCAAGAGAAGCAUUGGAGCCAACCACUGCAGGAGAACAUCCCUCCAUGUCAAUUUUGAGGAGAUUGGUUGGGAUUCCUGGAUCAUUGCACCAAAAGAUUAUGAGGCUUUUGAGUGUAAAGGAGGUUGUUUCUUCCCUCUGACAGAUAAUGUUACCCCAACGAAACAUGCUAUUGUCCAAACGCUGGUGCACCUCCAAAACCCAAAGAAAGCUUCCAAGGCCUGCUGUGUUCCAACCAAACUGGAUUCAAUCUCCAUUCUUUAUAAGGAUGAUGCUGGUGUGCCCACUUUGAUAUACAACUACGAAGGGAUGAAAGUGGCAGAAUGUGGCUGCAGGUAGUAUACAAAGCAGAAUCUCUAAGAAUAAGAAUACCCACAUUUUCUGUUAUAUGUAAAUCUGUACAUUAGUGGUACAAAUGAAAAUCCUUGCAAACAAUGUUUGGAGCAGGGUAUGGGCCUGGUUGUUGCUAUUGCUGCUUGUUUUAAAGGAAAACUGGCAUUUAAAGAACGGCAAUCAUUGUAAAUAGCCUGCAUUAUACAUAUCA